UAAGUAAAUAUACAGUCAAAACUCAAAAUAUCUCCAUCACCGCUCUAUAAAACCCCUUUUGCUCUCCGUCGCAAUAAGAAAACGCUCUCACGAAUUUUCAUAUCUUUUCUGAAUUAAGAUUAUUUACUUCUGUUAACGAUGGCAAAGAAUAUUCUGGUCACCGGCGGCUCUGGCUACAUCGGAAGUCAUACUGUGCUUCAACUGCUUAACGGUGGUUACUCCGCCGUCGUUGUUGACAACCUCGACAAUUCCUCUGCUGUUUCUCUCGAACGCGUUAAGAAACUCGCCGGCCAAAACGGAGACCGCCUCUCCUUCCACCAGGUGGAUCUCCGAGACAGACCUGCGCUUGAGAAGAUUUUCUCAGAAACUAAGUUUGAUGCAGUGAUACACUUUGCUGGACUUAAAGCAGUAGGUGAGAGUGUGGAGAAGCCUUUGCUUUAUUAUAAUAAUAACAUUGUUGGCACUAUUACUCUGUUGGAGGUUAUGGCUCAAUACGGCUGCAAAAAUCUUGUAUUUUCAUCCUCAGCUACUGUCUAUGGUUGGCCAAAAGAGGUUCCUUGCACUGAGGAGUCCCCAAUUUCUGCAACCAACCCAUAUGGCCGUACUAAGCUUUUCAUUGAAGAGAUUUGCCGGGAUGUACAUCGCUCGGACCCUGAAUGGAAGAUCAUAUUGCUUAGAUACUUCAACCCUGUUGGUGCACAUCCUAGUGGCUACAUUGGUGAAGAUCCUCUUGGAAUUCCAAACAAUCUCAUGCCUUAUAUCCAACAAGUUGCGGUUGGUCGGAGACCUCACCUCACCGUCUUUGGAACCGACUACAAGACAAAGGAUGGUACAGGGGUUAGAGAUUAUAUUCAUGUCAUUGAUUUAGCAGAUGGACAUAUAGCUGCUCUGCGCAAGCUAGAUGAUCUCAAAAUCAGUUGUGAGGUUUACAACCUUGGAACGGGUAAUGGAACAUCGGUCCUAGAAAUGGUUGCUGCCUUUGAGAAGGCAUCCGGAAAGAAAAUCCCGUUGGUGAUGGCCGGAAGACGUCCUGGAGACGCUGAGAUUGUUUACGCCUCAACAGAGAAAGCAGAACGCGAGCUAAACUGGAAGGCUAAGUAUGGGAUCGAAGAGAUGUGUAGGGAUCUAUGGAACUGGGCCAGCAAUAAUCCUUACGGCUACGACUCCUCCAAUGGCUCCUCUUAACUCUCGUUUUUUUCUUGCAUUAUUUAUUUUUAUAAUCAUAUGAAAAAUGCUGAUCAAGAACCCAAAUUUUAGAAGCAAGUGGGGAAAUACGUGUAUCACUAAUUUUGAUCAUAGCUACUCUUUGAAUAUUUUUUAUAUUUAAAUCUCAUUCUUUUUUAGUUC